AUGUCCUCAUCCCCGUCGUCACACAAUGAGGUUCAGCUCUCAAAAGAUUUCCUCCGCACCCUCCUCGCUGAACUCUCUGUACUCGUCUUUCAAGAGUUCAGUUGCCAAAUCCGCCUAUUCAUCCAUGGUGGCGCAGUGAUGAUCCUACACCCAAACCUCUCCACAUCCAGUCGUCGACGAACUACCAGAGAUAUUGACUAUAUACGGCGUGCAUUCGGGCAUGAGUGGCGGAAGCGAGGGGUCUAUGACGCUGAAGAGCGCUUACAGCGUUGCAUCAACGCUGUUGCCGCCAAGUUUUACAUUGGCACCGACUGGAUGAAUGCAGACCCUGAUGUAGCCCUCCCAUUUGCCCACAACUCACAAGGGCAGUUAUACGACCCCAUCUACCACGACUCCAAGCAGGCGAACAACAUUGAUAUGAACACCGUCUAUCAAUCGCAAGGUCUCGUUGUCAUUAGCGUCACCAUGUUUUGGGGUGUUGCUCUCAAGCUCGUACGCUACAAGAAAGAUGACCCCACUGACAUUGUAGCCAUGUUGCGCCACGGCACGAGACUCAACGGUGUCCAAUGGACACCCCACAUCAUGGAGACGUGGAUCAAGACCCUGUGCUGGCCCAUGGGCUACAAUACCUACAAACCCGAGCAAGCGCAGGAACUACGAAACCGUAUCCACGAUGCAGUGCACCAUCUGCAAACAUUACCUCAAGAAUCUCCAGAGGAGUCAUCCCACAUGGCGCCUAUCCCAUCAACCAUGCGGUCGCCUCCUGUACCAUCAACCACGCGCUCUCCUACCGUACUCUCCUCGUUGCAUACGAUGUCGAGCAGCUUAGCCCCACAUUCGUUCUCACAACCGCCGUCGGCGUCCUCACUGCAUUCUCUUUACAUGUUGUCCCACCACAGCGUGUCACCUCCCGCAUUCAUGGGGGAGCGCACGCGCCGGUCAUCGACGAACUCUGCCCGACAUCAGACCUUUUCACCUCCCGUGCCAUUGACAUUCACCUCGUCACAAUCAUUGCAUGCUGUCUCUCACCCCCUCUCGCAUGCUCACCGCCUCGCACUCUCACCCACCCUCGCAUUCUCACCCGCCCUCGCAUUCUCACCCACCCUCGCAUUCUCACUCGACCUCUCAUCCUCACCCGUCCUUGCAAUCGCAAAACUCUUUCCGCAUGCCAGAGCCCUGGGUAACGCCUUUACCAUUGCCCUUUCAGGCCAUGCCAUCCACCGCCUUCUGAAUGGACCAGCAUAA